CUUGAAGGCUGCAUCUCAAACGGCUCCUCACUCCCUGAACAAUCGCACUACAUAGGGGAUGACGUAGCGGUUUUUGCCUACUGCGUAGUGCACUGUGUCCAAUAGCAGCGCGUUUUAGGAUCGAGCCGAGGUUUACGAACCAUCAGAGCAGCUGAGGUUACAACAGUGAGGUAAAUAAAAAGCUGGUCUUCAUUCUGCGGCUGUAAUUUUAUUUUUUUAUUUUCUUGUAGAAUCCUGCUGUACACCGAGGAGGAGACUGAAAAAGAGAUCAUAUUGAGUUUCAAACUUUCAGUGAAACGUAGGGAUUAAUAGUGACACAGUAAUAACGGAGAGUUGCGAGUUUUGCUCUCACGAGCUUCCAGGUCGGGCAGUGAAGUUCAUCAUGUCUUCAUCUCUCCGUCUGCUGGUUUGAUUUCAUGGGGAGUUUAAGGAUCAUGAUGGCACCGAAGUUUCAGCUCCUGGCGCUGCUGGCCUUCGCAGUAGCCAUGCUGUUCCUGGAGAACCAGAUCCACCAACUGGAGGAGUCCAGAGGCAAACUGGAACGCGCCAUCGCCAGGCUGGAAGUGCGCGACAUCGAGGAACGUCGCACUCAGGAGGGACUGAGGGAAUCUCGCGAGGACUCUGAGAACAACCUGGUGGUUAUCUACAACCGAGUUCCCAAAACGGCCAGCACCUCCUUCACCAACCUCGCCUAUGACCUGUGCAGCAGGAACCACUACCACGUCCUGCACAUCAACACCAGCAAGAACAACCCUGUCAUGUCCCUGCAGGACCAGGUGCGCUUUGUGAAGAACGUGACGAUGUGGAAGGAGAUGAAGCCGGCGCUGUACCACGGUCAUGUUUCAUUCCUCGACUUCUCAAAAUUUGGUGUGAUGAAAAAACCCAUCUACAUUAACAUUGUGCGCGACCCCAUCGAGCGUCUGGUGUCUUAUUACUACUUCCUGCGCUUCGGGGACGAUUACAGACCUGGCCUGAAACGCAGAAAACAGGGGGACAAGAAGACAUUUGAUGAGUGUGUUGCUGCAGGAGGUUCAGACUGCGCUCCAGAAAAGCUGUGGCUCCAGAUCCCCUUUUUCUGCGGUCAUUACUCUGAGUGUUGGAACAUCGGCAGCCGCUGGGCUCUGGAGCAGGCCAAGUAUAACCUGAUUAAUGAGUACCUGAUGGUGGGCGUGACCGAGGAGCUGGAGGACUUUGUGAUGAUGCUGGAGGCAGCACUGCCUCGAUUUUUCAGAGGAGCCACUGAGCUCUACAGGACAGGUAAAAAAUCACACCUGAGGAAAACCAGUGAGAAGAAGCCGCCCACUAAGGAGUCCAUCGCUCGGCUGCAGCAGUCGGCCAUCUGGAAGCUGGAGAACGAGUUUUACGAGUUUGCACUCGAGCAGUUCCAGUUUGUCCGAGCUCAUGGCGUGCGGGAGAAGGACGGAGAGCUGUACCUCCUGCCCCAGAACUUCUUCUACGAGAAAAUCUACCCCAAGACCACCUGAGAGGCACAAAAGCACAGCUCUAGUGCAUUUACUGUCGUCAUAAUCACUGGAGGAGGACGAUCCGGCUCGUAGAUCUGUCCGUAUCCUGCCGCGGCUGGACGUUUUACAGCCGAACAGCUUUCGGAUUUUAUAUUUUUUUUGUCUUUAUGUAUAUUCAGCUGAUACGUUUACAGGUGAAGCACAGAGAAGAGCUCAAGGCUCUACGCAGGCAGCAGAACUCUUUCAGGAAGCAUGUCAGACUCCUAAACAAUAACCACAGAAGAAUUUUUUGGAUUUAGAGCUUCAGAUUCCAUAACCUGCACAGGCAGAAGUUAAUACAAUGAAACUAAAUAGAAAACAAUGGAGAAAAAAAGCUAACUCCUCUACAGGAGCUUUUAUUCAAUUUUAUUAGUUAGAAUUUUGAUAAAGUUGUUUAAAGGAGCAGGUUGUAAUGUUUAGCGCCCUCUGCUGGCUACAAAGUACGGAAUAAAACGCUUGGGUUGGUGUUACAGGUCUGUUAGAGGAAAAUAAUCCAUGACUAUGCAAAGUUGAUUGUUUUCCAAAACCAGCAUGUGCCCAAGUGUUUUAUUUCAACAAAUACAAUUUUAAAUUUUAUUAAAGAACAACAUUUUCAUCCAUUUAUUACAUCUCAUGUUCAGUCAUUUCCUUUCAUCACUUUUGUUGUAGCAGCUGUAAACACUCUUUCCCUUACCAGCUUCUCUUUAUUCUCUCUCUUGCUACAUUAUUUUCCAGAGAAGAAGUGUGAGCUCCUCUGUCCUUAAGUUACUGCUUUACCUCUCACUGGAGACUCCUUCUAUUCACUUUAACUGUCUCUUUAUGGACAACUUCAGCAACACCAACAAUUCCAUCCACUGUACAAAUCCUUGUAGAACUGUUGCUAUGGAAACCCUAUCAUAUAUGUAGAGUGUGUUAGAGAGAAUUAAUCAACACCUGAUCCACCAAUCAGAACUCAGGAUUCAGCAGCGCUGUGGUGUAACCUGACUGCUCUGUCUGUCCGUCUGUUCCGAGUAGGGGGCGUGGCUAAUUUCAGGGCUGGAUGAGUGCAUUAGCAUUAGAUCUUUGAAAUGAUGUCAUUGGUUUCAGGGCGUGUAUCACUCUAAACUUUACACACUGCUCCUUUAAGGCAUCGUACAGGAACGUUGCCAUGAUAUUCGUCCGAUCAGCCAUCCGCUGCGUGUUUUUCUGCCUUCAUAUCUUUUUUUUCUGUAUUACAUGCAGUUCAUUUGAUGUUACAGGACAUUUCCAUCAACGUGGAAAUCAUUAUCUUUAAUUGUAUAAUAUCGCUGUUAACCUUCUUCUUCUUCUUCUUCUUUUAUCACGGUACAUCGUCACACCUCCAGCGGUGAACUCAGGGUUGGAUGAAAUAGCUUGCUGCCAUUGCAACCAUUUUCAAAAAGAUUCACAGAAUUCAUGUUCUCAUCGUCAGCCACAUGCUACAACACUGUAAAAGAUGCAGUUGGACUUUUUUUACAAGAAUCCUGUAGCGUUUUCAAUAUUUAAUGAACCCUUUGAGUUGGUUAAUCUCCCCAUUUAGACCUUUCCUCUGUUUUCUUGUUCUUAAGGACUGAAGCUGAACAUUAUACUUCUGUACUUACUCUGUACCACUGGAUACUGAAUUCUUAUCAAUAUUUUAUUUAGACACAGCAUGAUUUAACAUUUUCAUUUUCACUACAAUGUUGAUAUUGUAGCUCUGAAUAUCGGACAGAACUUUAUACUGACCUGAUGCUGAGAUUCUCACUCUAAGUUUCUUUUCAUGUUUUUUUUUCUGCAUGAAUUCACAGCCUGAUUUUCACAUAGUUGUGAGGUUGAUAUGCUUCACAGUCUCACCUUCGAAGCAGACAUUGCUUUCAAACUGUAUAAAUAGUUCCUAUUUACACCUAGCAUAAAGAAGGACUUAAUUAUCCACUCUAAUUUGUUUCUUGGAUUAUCACGUUGCAUGUAAACAUGUUAACGGAGGCACUGAAUGUUUCGGCUGAUUAAUUGCAUUUAAAAUGAAGUGGAACUUUGUGUAUUAUUUUUUCUUUUAAGAUAUAAGAGAUAAAACCCCAGAUUGAGACUCACAGAGAAAAAUACAUCACAACAUCACACUUUUACACAAUUCUAAAAAAUGUCAUCAGCAUUUCAAGUCAUUUUCUGUCCAUAUCAGACUGAUAUCAGUCACUGCUAUUUUUUUCCUCCACUGUACUUUAUCAUGCUGGAUGGGGAAUUUUUACCCCACUGUUUUAUAUAUUGGCUUUUUCAGUCUGUAAAGGACUGUGAAUUUUGUGUGUGUGUGUGUGUGUGUGUGUGUCCUUGCACCAUGUGCAAAAAAAAUGUUCUAAAUACAUCAAGUAUGUAAAGUUAGGAUGUCUGAAAGCAUUUCCUGAAAGUAAAGACACACAGAACACAGAACUGAUCACUGAACAUUUACUCAGCAUGUUAUUUGACUGAAUUCUGUGGGGAAAAAUAUCGAUAUGCAGCAGAAAAUGUGGCAGUAUUUGGUUUUAUGAUAUUGAGUGAUAUUGUGUGUAAUACUGUAGUAAUUUUAAAAUAUUGGCAGCUCUUCUGUUCUCUUGAGAUAAUGAAUAGUUUUCCAGGUUUGUUUUCACCAAAUCUUAAUGAACGAUGGUCACUGCUUGUUGUCUCACAUAGUCGAAGGGUUAUGAUCAUUAUUGUAUAAAUUAAGCAUUACAAGCAUUACAAAAACAGCUGGAGAAAUUAACGAUGUGUGUUCUAACAAAGAAUUGCUGAUUAGAAAUACUUUUAUUUUACAAUUAUAUUACAAUUAUAUUAUAAUUAAACAUUGCUGCAACUGACGAGUGAGGCAAAUGAAGCCAAUAAUUUAAUGUUGCUGAAAGCUGGGGAAGAUAAAGCUAAUUGGAUACAGAAAUGCGAUAAACACUGUUUAGUGGUGGGGAAGCCCUUGCUAGGUCCCUGAAAGCAGACUAACAACUAAUCAGACCUAUGCCACAGGUCUGAGAGGUUUAUGUAGAUCUAGAGGGCCCGAAAUGGGAUAAGAGAUAGGAGAAGGCUUGCAGGUUGCCCGGAUGAACGACCGAAAAAGGCACCUUUGGAAUGUAUUUCAGCCUUAGGUGUAAUAUGAUCUUGUCCAGAACAGGAACAAAAUCUGAGUUGGAGGAGGCAAAUGAGAGGGCCUGCAAAUCUCCUACGCUUUUAAUGGAAAGGUCCCAAGAAGGAACAUGCAGAACAAGAAGAAGAUUUAAGAGUAAGAUGAACAGAUCAAAAGACUUCACAUUAGAUACAUUUUCACCUUUGAACAUCACCCCAAAACUCAUCACUGUUGCUUGGACAAGUGUGUGAAUGUUCUUGAUUGGUCCAGCCAGAUCCUCAAAGUCAAAGAAGCUUUAUUGUCACUUCAGCCAUAUAUAGCUGAUGCAGUACACAGUGAAGUGAACCAACGUUCCUCCUAGACCAGACGUGCUAUACAUAAAGAAAAAGUACAGAGACGCAGACAAACAUAGAGAUAAACAUAGAGACAUACAAACUAAACUACACUUAAGGGGCAAGAAAAACUAGACAUACAACAGAAGUGCACAGGAUGACAAGACAAGACAGUGCAGACAAACAACAUAUAGACUCUAGAACAGUGUAGACAGUGAGUGCAA